AACAACUACUACGAAUCAAAUCAAAUAUCCCUCCUUUUUUCAAUUUUCACUUUCAUCUCUUGAUUAAUCUCACAUAUUUUAUAUAUAUACACACACAUAUAGAUACAGUCCCACAGGUUUUGCUUGUUUCUCGCUCCUCUGCACAUAUGUUGUCAGUUCUAGAGAGAGAGAGAGACACUGUCUUUUUUUUUUUUCUCUCUCUUAAAACAGAUAUUCGUUUGCUUUAAAGAGAAACGAGGAAUGGUAAUAAAUCGUCACUGUUGAAUCUCUGUAUAUAUAUAUUUGUUUUUUUUUCUUGUGAAAGUUCUUCACGCAUGGUGGCGCACAUGCCGCUGUCACCAACAACUCACCCCACUGUUGUUCGUUUUCGGGCAAUUUCUUUUUCACUCUCUUCCGAAACACUGUUUCGAUACAAGAAAACGUGACACUUGAAAAGGAAAAAGAAAAAAAACAAAAAGGUAAGAACAAGAUUGCUGAUGUACUUUUGUUCUUGAGCAAAAGGAAGCCUGGGUAUUUCUUGUGGUGAGAUAAAAAUCGUUUCUUGAUAAUUUUCUUGGAGGGUAUUUUGUUGUCGGAGAAAAAUAUGAAUGAAACCUCGGAGAAAUCGAAUCCCUCUUUAGCUAUUGUGGAGAAGAAACCUCAGAGAGGAGGUGGUGCUGGUGGGUGUGUCGGUAUCUUCUUCCAACUUUUCGAUUGGAACCGUAGAUUUGCUAAGAAUAAGCUGUUUUCCAAGAAACUGCUUAAUCCACCCGUUCGGUUGAAGCAAGCUUCAAAGAAAUAUGGUGGGGAUGAAAAGCAGCCAAAGCUUAGAUUGAUUGCUGAUGAAAAUAGUGGAGGGUUUCCUUCGUCGAAGAAUAAUAACAUCGAACAAAAACACGAAAUGCGGGUUCCGGGCUUGGUUGCUAGGCUUAUGGGCCUCGAGUCUAUGCCAUCUUUACAUCGAGAGAAAUCAAAGAAGUUUCUUGCAUCUUCUUCUUUAAGCAGUAAAACCGAAAAGUUAGCGGAUACUAAUAUCUAUGUGAAGGAAGAGUUGAUGAAUGUGGAGAAGGGAUGUAAUAGUAACAAUAGUAAACAAGAAUCGAGGCCUCAAAAGCUGCAAAAGACGAGCGUCUGUGAAAAUCGGCCUAUAAAUCGAUUCGGAACAGAGAAACUGCCGUUCAAGGAUGUUCUAUCGAAACCGAAAAAACAUCAUCCGAAGCUUCCUUCACCAGUGAAAAGUCCGAGGAAUCUUUCGAGGAAAAGUUCUUCGAAAUUAAUCAGUGCAGCGACGAGGAUUUUGGAACCUGGCUUGCAGUCAAAAUGUGCCGCCCUCACUUACUCGAACAAUUUAACGGACAAAAGGGCACCGAGCCGAUCGGACGGUUGUGAUUGCUUUGCUGCGAAUGAGCAUUCUUGUGGCAAUUGUGGCUAUUUGCUUCGUGAUCUUGAUUCCAAACCUAGCAUCGUCGACGAACAACAACCGUUGAUUUUUGGUUCGCCGUUCUCCCGUUGUGUGGGGCCGCCCUCUUGCCAAGAAUCGGAAAGAAGUAAAUACGAGGAUAAUCCAGCUGUCGUGUUCCCAUUCCUCGGCGAUAAUUUGCAAUCUCGUGUGGAACUAUCGGCUUCUAAUAACGGCCCGUUUGGAGGAAAUACUCGACGGAAUCCCGAACAGUGGAAGGCUCCAAACUACAUGCGGAGUCAAACAAGUCAGAGGUCAAAGUUGACCAGAAACAACGGUAAAUUCGAGAUGGAGAAACAAAUAGUCAGCAGUUUGAAGGAAGAAUCGGGCCCACCACUGGGGCGAAAGAGGAGGCCGAUGAAAGGCGAAAGCUCCGGCGGCUUCACCACGAGUAAACAACCGGGAGGGUAUAACAGUCAUUUCACUAAAAACAGAAACGAACCGCUCCACAUGCAAGACGAUGGUGAGGUGGACAACGGCGUAGCCUCAUUUAAAUUCAACUCCUCGGCGAAACAGAGGAGUGGAAACGCGGAAAGAAAAGUUCGAAGUAAUUUGUAUUUUGAUGACGGGAGAAGGGCAAAGUUAGAAAACGCGGCGCCGCCGCCUUUAAGCGGAGAUGCGUUGGGUGCAAUAUUGGAGCAGAAAUUGAAGGAAUUGAAUAACGUACAACGAGAGGAUAAUAUAACCGGACAGAAAAAGACGACCGCUACGAUUCUACAGGAGCUAAUAUACGCCUUAACUUCCGAGAUUCCAUUUCAGCACGAUAAUUUACCGGCUUUACCCGAUAGGAGAAACAGUUGGCGCGAUAACACCCGUUUUUACAGCUCAGCAUCUUCUACUGAUUUCCAGGCGAAUGCAACGACAAUGAAGCAAUAUGUGGACCCGCCUCUGGAGAGUGAGCACUUAAGCCCUGGAUCGGUUCUCGAAGCUUAUUAUUCGAACGAGAGCUGCGUUUCAAGCAAUCUAGACGAUAACCUAGGGUACAACGGGCCCCACUUGCCUAACCCCAAUUCACAUUUUUCGGAUUUUAAAAACCCGAUUCUUGAUAUUCUCACAAACGUGUCCGAAAUUCUAUGCUGCAAGAAUCUUGCGAGUUACGGUCUGAAAGGAGACAAAUUUGACCACGCAAAGAAGGUGCUCACGGACGCUGAGCUGGCGUUCCACACCUCAGCACUUUCGUCCUCAGUGGUGGGAAGAGGCUCGCCGAUCAAGCAUCUGCUCGUUGACGAACUGGAGACGCUCGCGAGCAUUCUCUGGUUGAAUUACGGUUGUACCCUCGGCAUCGAAGAUGGUGUGGAGGCGAACCAGCUUCGGAGAUUUGGGUUGGAUGCGGUGAUCGAAUAUUUGGACCAAAGAUUCGAUUUUUAUUCGAAAAUGACGAGGAAGUUGGUGGUGGGCCCGGUUCGGAUGAACACGAAUACGAUGAUGUUUGAGAUUGUGGAGGCUGUAAGAAAGUGGGAGGAGGUGUCGAGGUUUGUUCUUGAUGAGUUGGUUGAGAAGGAGCUGAGUUGUACUUUGGGAGAGUGGACCGAGUUCGAGAGUCAAGUGUUUGAGAGUGGUGUGGAGAUUAGUGGAGAUGUUUUGCAGGUUUUGGUCGAUGAAAUCGUCGUUGAUCUUUCGAAAUGGUAGCUUGGAUUUUUAUUUUAUUUUUUUAAAAUAAUCCGAGGUUCGAACCAACUGGUAUGAAGAUGCUGCUUUAAAUUGUACAAAAAUGGUGUUUAUCUACAAAAUUUUCAAAUUAUGUCUUUGCA